AUGAUAAGUUAAUGGAACCUAGUCCUUUACGACCUUCCAAGGAAAUCCGUGCAUGUUCCAAAGUAAUUUAUGGACUUCGUCGCUGGAUUUCAAGCCUUUCGUUUGUUAACAUUGUACUAAAUGCAUAAAAAUAUGGAAAAUGGCUUGAACUUAAAUUCUUCAAACUGUGGUCAAAAGGAGACGAGACAAGGUCUGAACGCCUCGCCAAUGGAUAUGAACAGCCUGCCUCAAGUUGUGCUCUUGAGUAUCAUGUCGUAUUUAGAUGUGAAAGAUUUGGGCCGAGCUUCUUGUGUUUGUAAGCGUUGGUAUAAUUCAACUCUUGAUCCAAGCCUUUGGAGAAUACUGAAGCUCCCGAAAAGGCAAAAGGUGGACGAUGAAGUUCUUGUUCGAUUAACAAACUAUGGAUCGACUGCUACUGUUUUAGAUGUUUCAGAAUGUGCUAACAUCUCUGAAGAGGGUUUGAUCAAGGCUCUGCAACAGUGUCGGUAUUUAGUCGAAUUAUCUGUUGUAAGAUGCUCGGCUGUGACUGAUAAAUGCCUCACUGAAAUUGGACAGAGUUGUCAGAACAUUAAGUUUUUGGACAUAAGCUUGUGUCGUGUGACAGACUGUGGAGUCAAAGAGCUUUGUCAAGGUUGUGUCAAAUUAGAGAAACUCACUAUGGACCAGUGCCGCUCCCUUACUUGUGAAAGCCUUUUUGCAGUUGCACAAAAUUGUCCAAAAAUUAAAAGCAUUUCUGUAGAGUACAACAGUAAAUGUGAAGAUGCUGGGGUCUGUGAACUUGUGCAAAGAUGUCCACUGCUUGAAAGACUUCAUCUUAACUCCUGUACAAUUACUUCGAAGACAGCACUCCACAUUUCACAAUACUGUAGGAAUAUGUCUGUUUUGGAUCUCCGUUGUUUUUCAAGUCUCACUGAUGAUGUGGUGAAGGAAGUAGUGUUUGGUUGCAAAUAUCUUAAAGUCCUAAACUUAAGUCUGUGCACUAAUGUGACAGAUUCAUCUUUAGAGUAUAUUCUUUCAAAUUGUGCUUCUUUAAGAGGAUUGUACCUGGUGCACUGUGAAAUUACUGAUGAUGGAUUGAAGGCCUUCACUUAUCACACUUGUAACCUGGAGAGAUUGGACAUAAGUUGGUGCAAAAAGAUUACAGAUGAAGGAGUCAAAACUGUCUUAAAAGGAUGUCCUCACCUUAAACAUUUAGGACUUGUCAGAUGUGAUCAAGUCAAUGAGAAGACAGUUCUACAACUGAAUCAACACUAUCCUCAUGUCUUCCUCAGCACUGUUACAACAGAGAUGAAGCUCAUGUGUGAGAAAGCUGGCUUCCCAGACCUUUGUAAACAAUGAAAACUUUUGCAGUAAGGCUUUUUAACAUAAGGUUGAACACUCACUGGAAGGAAAGAUUUAGAAUGAUCUGUUUUCUCUCAGAUAGAGAUGACCUAUGUCUUUCUCAAUGCAGUAAAAAGACUGAAAGCCAUGUUUGGGGCAAGCAUGAAUGGCAAGGUAUACAUACAACAAAUUUAUUGAAUCCAGGAAAAUUCUCCAAGUCACACAAGGGGACUUUUUGCAUUGACUCAUCAUCAUGACCCAUCAGAAAACAAAACAUAAUCUAUGAACUCUCCUAAGGAUAAGAAAAAGAGACAUGACUUCUCUAAAAACACACUUUAAAAAAUGAUAGCCCCCAUUCCCAAACAACAGGCAUACACAUUCAACCUUAAAUACUUAUAGUAAUAAAAAAUCACACAAUCUACAUAUAUGAGUAAUAGAAACUAAUGCGAGCUAAUGUAAUUAUUAAGUAUUUGUAAGUCUGUAUCACUAGAUUUAUUAUAAAGGAAAGUCCUAAGACAGCAAAUCCAAUGAGAAGCAUUUAUUUAAGUUGCCCCACUAAUCUUGUUUUGGUAGACUGUGACUGUUCCCCACAUUAGCUUUAAACUGUGAUAGAUGAACUCUAAGGGCUGAUUAUUUAGUAAUACAGGAAGUUUAACCCAAAGCAUAGUUUCUUGUAAGCGAUGGGCCUCAGGUAUUGUCCAUAAGACGAUUGAUUUAAUUAAAUAUAUGUUACUUCCACUGUCAGCUUUUGGCCCUCUUGACACUCUUCACAAUACGAAUGAUCAGAUAAAAAGGUUUGACUAAAUUGAAGAUCAUUUAGAGUAUGGUUUUGUUAAACAAAAGCUGAACUUUAUUUAAAUAACCUGCCAUUAGGGUUUCUGAGGCUGGCAAUCAUAUACCAUUCAUGCAGGGAGUACUGACUGCUUUUGUUAAAAGUAAAAUAAGAUAGCCCCUCCUCUUUGUGAGAAGAUUUCCUGAUUAACUCUUUUUGGUGUUGUUGUAAAUCAAGAAUUCUUGCUUUUAUAAAUAUAUAUAUUAAUUUACUUAGUUGUAUAAUUCUUAAUUUUUAUCCACUGACAUUGUACACAGUUUUUACAUUUUUCUGAUGGUUCAUCUGUUUAAAUAGUUUUUUUUUCUUCAAUUGUUAAUUUUAUAGUUGUCCGGGGCACCCAUUUAUAUCAGCUUCAGCUGAUGGGUUUACCUUGGUUAAAUGUGUUAUGUUAU